AUGUGCAAGCCAGUGGCAGCGAUGAACGAAAAAACAUCACAGGCGCUAAUUGACAAGAAGGAACCAGCCUGUCCGAUUUGCGCCAGCGCGCCUCUGCAGAAUCACCAACUUACAUCGCAUAUCUACGAACUGGUAUCAACCAACGGCCGCAAUGAAUUCUCCGUCUUCCUAUUCCAAUUUGCGAGCAAUGCCAUCUGCUGCGUCUGCCUGGGCCUGGGUCAUAAAGCGCAGGAGCUUCUGACCUCGAACUGCAUUUACGAGUGGUCUCUCCCUCCUUGUUUUCCUAGUCUCACGUCCCUGACGUAUCGCCACUUAUAG